UAAUUCACGGACCAGUUUUCCUUUGUGAAUUCUCUCUCCUCACUCCUACUUUUGCUCUACUGGAUUUGAAUCAGCAAAUAAGCACACAAACAAUCAAUCACCCAGGACCUUUAGUGUUAGCAUUUAUUCCAACACUUCAACGGUCUUAGGUAAUUUUGUCUUCUUUUUCCUGCGGUAUUGGGAACAUGAUGUGUGCCAUUUUGUUCUGGAAGAACUGUAAGUAGAGGUGGAUCUUUCACAAAGAUAAGUAUAUACAUACAUAUCUAUUUAUGUAUAUGAGUAAUGAGUUCUAAAGGAAAACCAUUAUUUGAUCUCAAUGAACCUGCUGCGGAGGAGGAUGAGGAGAGUGAUGGUGUCUUCUGCUUCCAGCCCCAAAGGGCAGUUCCAUCAACAACCCAUACUUCGGAUUUAUUUACAACAUCAAAUAGUCCUCGUAGAAUAAUAAACAACAAUGCAUUUUCUCAUGCAUCUUCUGUUUCGGGCUUUCAGCCUUUCGUUCGAUCCAAAGGAUCACAGGCACCUGAAGUUAGUGAAGACCAGAAGAGGGAAAUUGAUAUUGGCUCUGUCAUUGAAAAAGAAGAAGGUGAAUGGUCUGAUGCAGAGGGCUCUGCUGAUGCUAACAAAAGCAGUAGUGUGCCUGACAAGUCGACUUCUGCCCAUGAUGAUAAGUCACAGGUGAAAGCAAUGGCUGCUUUAAUGGAUCAAAGGGAUUCUGAUGUGGCGGCUGUGGUAAAUACCUCUUCUAAUGUUUAUGAUGUGAAGGAUGAAAAUAGUAACCAUGCGUCUUUAGGAGUCGAUGCUGAUUCAAUUGAUAGGAAGAGUAGUGGUAGUCGUAAUUCAGAAGGUGAUAUUGCCAUGGAUAGUCAAGAAGAUUCUACGAUGGCUCCAAAACAAAGAGACAUUAGAGGUGCUGAAGCAAUUCAUGCUUUAAAGCUUGCGAAUAACCCUGGAAAGCGUCCUAAAUUUGACCAACAAAAGGAAGCAAUGUUGGGGAAAAAGCGUAGUAGGCAGACAAUGUUUCUUAAUUUGGAAGAUGUUAAACAAGUGGGAACCAUUAAAACCUCUACUCCUAGAAGGCAGAACUUUCCACCACCUGUCACGACUCGUAUUGUGAAAGAGUCGCGUCCACUAUCUGCCUCUACAGAGCGCAGCGGAGAUAAGCAGAUUCAGCCACCAAUGAUGAGAGAUGCAAAGCAGGUUGAUCAGUCUUGCAAUGAAAGCAGCAGUUACUUGGAGUCUGGUGAUCCAAGAUCUGAGUGUAAUAAUGGUGACAUCAAUUCAGGACCUGUAGCUCGUCCGAAAAGGUCAAUUAGUGGUAUAGAUCUUGCUGCAGAGGAUAAACCACUUCCCAAUCAUAGGCAGAGUAUAUUGAAGCAAACAACAGAUUCAAGGCAGACAAAGAAUGCACAAUUACCUGGUAGAAAGACUGCUCUAGUUAAUCAGAAUUCUAGUGAUCCCAAAGCAGGAGGUAAAAAGCUUCCUUCAAAGAAGCCAUUAACUAUCACUACCCCCCAGUAUCAGGAUACAUCAGUGGAACGGCUUCUUCGUGAGGUGACUAAUGAGAAGUUCUGGCAGCAUCCAGAGGAGGCAGAGCUUCAGUGUGUUCCUGGAAGCUUUGAAUCAGUAGAAGAAUACAUUAGAGUAUUUGAGCCUUUGCUUUUUGAGGAGUGUCGGGCACAGCUCUACAGUACCUGGGAGGAACUAACCGAAACGGCUUCUAGAGAUUUGCAUGCAAUGGUCCGUAUAAGAAGUGUUGAGAGAAGAGAAAGAGGUUGGUAUGAUGUGAUACUUCUACCUGCAAAUGAAUGCAGAUGGAAUUUCAAGGAGGGUGAUGUGGCAGUUCUUUCAACCCCCAGACCUGGAACAGUCAUAUCAAAGAGAAACAACAGUUCAAUUACUGGGGAGGAGGCAGAGAUCAGUGGACGUGUGGCUGGCACUGUUAGGCGGCACAUACCAAUAGAUACUCGUGAUCCUACAGGGGCAAUCCUUCACUUCUAUGUCGGGGAUUCAUAUGAUUCUAGCAGCAAGGUCGAUGAUGACCAUAUUCUAAGGAAACUACACCCCAAGGGAAUCUGGUUUCUUACUGUUCUUGGCUCUCUUGCUACAACUCAGAGAGAAUAUAUUGCAUUGCAUGCAUUUCGCAGACUCAAUUCACAGAUGCAAACGGCGAUUCUUCAACCGAGCCCAGAGCUCUUCCCCAAAUAUGAAGAACAGGCACCUGCAAUGCCCGAUUGUUUUACACCAAACUUUGUUGAUUAUCUGCACAAAACCUUCAAUGGACCGCAGUUGUCAGCAAUCCACUGGGCAGCAACGCAUACUGCUGCUGGUACAACUAAUGGGUUGACAAAGAGGCAAGAACCUUGGCCCUUUACCCUAGUCCAAGGCCCACCUGGAACAGGAAAGACUCAUACAGUWUGGGGAAUGCUGAAUGUUAUUCAUCUUGUUCAGUAUCAGCAUUACUAUACUGCAUUGCUUAAAAAACUCGCUCCUGAAAGCUACAAACAAGCAACCGAGAGUCUUUCUUCCGAAAGCGCCCCUAUUGGGUCCAUUGAUGAGGUUCUCCAAAACAUGGAUCAGAACCUUUUUCGAACUCUUCAUAAGCUCUGCCCGAAGCCAAGAAUGCUUGUUUGUGCUCCUUCAAAUGCUGCAACCGAUGAGCUGCUUACCCGUGUUCUUGACCGUGGGUUCAUUGACGGUGAGAUGAAGGUUUACCGUCCCGAUGUGGCUCGAGUCGGGGUUGAUACGCAAACAAGGGCAGCUCAGGCGGUGUCGGUUGAGCGAAGAACGGAGCAGCUUUUAAUGAAGAGCCGAGAUGAAGUUUACGGGUGGAUGCAUCAGUUAAGAGGCCGUGAAGCUCAGUUGUCUCAGCAAAUAGCAUCCCUUCAGAGAGAACUUAAUGUUGCAGCUUUCACGGGUCGGUCCCAAGGAUCUGUUGGGGUGGACCCGGAAGUUCUAGUGGCUCGGGACCAGAGCCGAGAUUCGUUAUUGCAAAAUCUUGCAGCCGUGGUUGAGAACAGGGACAAAGUUCUAGUCGAAAUGUCUCGCCUUUUCAUUUUAGAAGGCAGGUUCCGUAGCGGAGGGAACUUUAACUUGGAGGAAGCUCGUGCUAGUCUAGAAGCCAGUUUUGCCAACGAGGCUGAGGUUGUUUUCACUACCGUCUCAAGUAGUGGUCGCAAACUUUUCUCACGUCUCACCCACGGGUUUGAUAUGGUUGUCAUCGAUGAAGCAGCCCAAGCUAGUGAAGUAGGAGUGCUUCCUCCUCUUGCUCUUGGUGCAGCCCGGUGCGUUCUUGUGGGGGACCCACAGCAACUUCCAGCAACUGUUAUUAGCAAAGCUGCCGGAACCUUACUCUACAGUAGAAGUCUUUUUGAAAGAUUUCAACAAGCGGGCUGCCCAACAAUGUUGCUUUCUGUGCAGUAUCGAAUGCAUCCUCAAAUACGAGAAUUUCCUUCUCGAUACUUCUAUCAAGGACGCCUCACCGAUAGUGAAAGUGUCAUGAAUUUGGCCGAUGAGGUAUACUACAAGGAUCCUUUGCUAAGACCUUACAUCUUUUAUGAUAUUACACAUGGACGAGAGUCGCAUCGGGGUGGGUCUGUCUCUUAUCAGAAUAUACACGAAGCCCAGUUUUGUCUUCGUUUAUAUCAACAUCUUCAGAAAAGUGUCAAGUCUUUGGGUAUAGCGAAAGUUUCUGUGGGCAUAAUAACGCCGUAUAAGCUGCAAUUGAAAUGUAUUCAACGAGAGUUUGAGGAAGUUUUGAAAUCCGAAGAAGGAAAGGAUCUUUAUGUCAAUACUGUUGAUGCUUUCCAAGGCCAAGAGCGUGAUGUCAUCAUUAUGUCUUGUGUGCGUGCUUCGAACCAUGGUGUGGGCUUUGUUGCUGAUAUUCGCCGGAUGAAUGUUGCUCUCACACGUGCAAAAAGGGCACUUUGGGUGAUGGGGAAUGCGAGUACUUUGGUUCAGUCGGACGAUUGGGCUGCACUAAUCGCUGAUGCAAAGACGAGGGAGUGUUAUAUGGACAUGGACUCGCUUCCUAAAGAUUUCUUGGCACCAAAGGUGUCACCACCAGUCUAUGGUCCACCACAAGCAAGGUUUUCUAACAUGAGGGGUUUGAAGAGACCUGGAUUAAGACACAGAUCAUAUGACCACAUGGAGUCUAGGUCAGGAACACCAUCAGAAGACGACGAGAAAACAAACUCAUCUUUUGCUCCAAGAAAUGGGAAUUACCGCCCUUUCAAGCCACCAACGGAGAAUAAUUCUCUUGAUGAUUUUGAUCAGUCUGGUGAUCGUUCAAGAGAUGCCUGGCAACAUGGCAUUCAAAAGAGACCAAAUUCAACUCCGGUUACAGGAAAAAGAGACCCAUGAUUCCAGUUUUUCUGGUUGUCGAGUUUUUUUCUUGUGGGUUCAUGAAAAUUGAACAAAAUUUGACUCUGGGCGUAUCUAAAGCUCGAAACAGUGAGGUCCGUCCAUCUUUUAGAGUGACCCGAAAGAGUGGAGUUGCUUAAAACUCUUGAAAUGAGCCAGAAAUGGGAAUUUGUGAAAGAAACUGGUUCCAAGUGUGGAUGAUUGACUCUGUGCUAACAGUUUGAUCCCCAGAAAGUGCAUCUGGGCCAUGCAAAAUCAACCCUUAAUUCGUCACCGGAGUAUGCAGGUGAGCAAUCUCUCUCCCUUUAUUCCAUGUAGUCCAUGAUAUUUAACUUGUAUGAGAAAUUGCAUGAUCAUGUAGACACCAUGGAUCCUUGAGGGUUUGCAUCCAUGGAUUGCAUGCUUUUCUUUAAACUUAUUGAGUGUUGAAAUGGGGUAAAAACAGAUGUGGGUAUAGGAAGGAAGGGAAUGAUGAAUGAAUACAAAGAUAUAGGGUUUGUUAUGUGGAUGGAUUCAUAUAGUAGUAUCUACCUUGAACAAUUGUUAGUCAAGUCAAGAUUUUGUAC